ACGUCGACGAUGACAACGACGACGACGACGACUUGUUGGACUUCUGUGUGUACUUCAUUGGGGACACCUUGGAUCCAGACCAGUUGACCGGCACCACGACAAGUGCAACCCGGUCCGUCCCGGGAACACACGAACAAGACACCACCGGUGCGGCGUUCUUGGUGGUGACCGGCCGUUCCGAUUAGUGUCUUGGUCGUCGUCGUCACCAUACUAUAUUGUUGGGAAAGGGGCAGCGUAGCUAAUUAGAUUAAGGCCCUUGCAUACGAGGCGGCCCGUCACACUUUCGGGGCCAAAGUGUGACAGCUUAUUUGACGACUAUUGCUCGGGAAAUCCUGCUUAUUACUACGGCGAGUGUCGACCCAAGCGGUUCUGUUCGGUUCGGUUUCUGGUUCUAAUUUCGGGAUUUCGGGAGUUUUGUCGAUAGUGUGCUGAUUGAAGUCUGAGGACUUCCGAGGGGAAUUUUGUGCGGUUUUAGCCAACUAACGUAUUUUGGUGUCAAGUGUGUGGUGGAUUGUAUCAGUGAUUCAAGUGAAACAUCUCCAGUGAACUCUUAGAGAGUUGGUAGCUGCUGUUAACGAAACGUGUUAAGUGGUUCCAGUAUUGUACAGCUGAGAAACAAGACAACGAAAUCUUCAAGGAUCAACGAGCAAGAUGCCUCGGGGCAAUGCCGGACUCGAGUAUCUGGUCAAGCUCGGUUACACCUUGGUGUUCGUGACGGUUGGUCUCAUGAUCUGGGCUUCCCUGGCGAGGGCUCGUGAAAUCGACUAUCCGUCCUAUUCGCCGUGUAACUUCAAUGCCCUCUGCAGAUGCUCCAAACCGGGUCCAGAUCUUGGCGUAGUAGACUGCCGAAAUGUACACUUUCCCGCCAUACCGAAGAUCAUCAACAGUUCGAAGCUCUUCAAGCUCUACAUGGACGAUACGGGGCUUCAAGAUUUGGAGCCGUAUUUUUUCCAAGCGACCGGACUCUACAAGCUGGACAUUUCCAACAAUCCAAUCACGGAGAUACCCGACGAAGCCUUUCACGGCUUGGAACGAUCGCUCUGGGAAUUGGUCUUGGAGAACAACGAGCUCAUUGAGGUUCCCUCGAGAGCUAUUCAAGACUUAAAGAAGUUACGACUCCUGGAUCUGGGAGGAAACGAUAUUACCACCAUUGCAACUGGAGCCUUCCGAGGACUGGAGCAAAGCCUACAAACUCUUGUACUAUCGGACAACUCAAUUUCACAGCUUGCUCCGGGAAGUGUUGCCGGUUUACCCUAUUUGGACAGCAUAGACCUCAGCGGAAACAACCUGGCCCUAAUUGAUCCGGCCGCCUUCAAGGACGGCCUCGGAAAGCUGUCCAAAGUGUUCCUAGCCAACAACCUACUCACUCACAUCCCCUAUGACGCCCUUGAACCACUUCGCCUGCUACGAGUUCUGGACCUCUCUCACAACCUCAUCCAAACCCUUGCCCCAGACGAAGACGACCCCAAAGUCAACUACAAACUGACCCUGGACAUGCUCCAACUACAGUACAACUCCAUCCACGAGAUUCCAUCGGAAUCGUUUGCGUUCUUCGACACCAUCAACUCCACCUUCCUGGACGGAAACCCAAUCAACCACAUCGCGGACAACGCCUUUCGGCAGGCCAAAAUCCGAGAGCUGUACAUCCGGCACUGCGGGCUGGAUUUCAUCUCACCGGAAGCGUUCGACGGACUGGAAAGCUCGUUGCAGCUGUUGGAUUUGUCCGGGAACAACUUGACCCAUUUGGCGGACGGUCUUUUCCGGGGAUUCGAUUAUUUGAGAUUCCUGAACCUCAAGGACAACGUCAUCAAGGAGUUCGACCAACGCAACCAGUCACCCUUCGCCGGCCUUAACCUCUUCAAGCUGGACACCACCGGUCACCAGAAUCAACCAUUCACCCUCAAGGAACUGUCGGCCAUGAAGAAUCUACGACAGCUAGCCACCUCGCACCUCUCAUCCAUGUCCCUCAACCCCGAAGAUUUCGCCGAAUUCAGCCCAGAGCUGGAAGAGCUCCGGCUCACCCGCGCCGGUUUGAAAUCCAUCAAGAAUCGAGCCUUUGCCAAUUUGCGCGGCCUCAAACGUCUAGAUCUAAGCGAGAACCGCGUCGACAGCAUCGAGCCAAACGCUUUCAACGAAAUAGGCCACAGUCUGAUCUCGCUACGGAUGUCGCACGGCUUAGGCGCGCAAAUGUCCCAAAUCCCGUACGAAUCGUUCCGACAGCUUACCGUUCUGGAAGCGUUGGACCUGAGCAACAACAAGCUGAAAACCCUAAACGAAAACAGUUUCCACUUUAUGGGAGACCUCGUCAGCUUGGAGCUGCACGACAAUCAAAUCGAAAGCCUUCCUAGGGGAACCUUCCAAGGGGACAUUCACAACAAGCUGAAGCUGAUAUCGCUACGGUACAACAAUCUUAAGCAGCUGUCGACGCACUCGUUCGCGGAUUUGGGAGAUCUGAACGCCAUCUAUCUGGACGACAAUCGGAUCGAGUCGAUCGAGAAGCGAACGUUUAUGAACUUGAACAACCUGAAGGUGCUGAAUCUGAGGGGUAACAAGCUGAACAAAGUUGCGGAUGAAUCGUUCCAGAACCUUCCAGAGCUGGAAAAACUUGAUAUGGCCUACAAUGCUUUGCCAUCCUUUGACUUUGAUUACUUUGAUCAGGUCGGUUCGUUGGCAUCGUUGGAGGUGGACGUCAGCCAUAAUCGCAUCAGCGCACUUGGUGAACAGUUCAUCCCGGCCACAAACGAGUCCUCGUCAGUGCAGCUAGCACACGUUAACAAUGGCCGUGAACACGGAGUUCCACUAAGCAACAUUAAACAUUUGGACAUGUCCAGCAAUAACAUCAGCCGAAUUGAUGGCGGUUAUUUCAAACCGGUGGAAUUGUCUCUCGUAAAACUUUCGCUGGCCGAGAAUCGGAUUAGCAACACCAGUCGUGAAGUGUUCGGGAAUCUACCGCUCUUGCAGUGGUUGGAUUUGGACAACAAUGCGAUCAACGACAUCGCUUUCGACACGUUCUACAAUACCAAAAUGUUGCAAGUACUGAAGUUGUCCAACAAUAUGAUCACAGAUAUUCCGAUGGAGCUAUUUCGGAAUGUUCGGGGACUUCGAGUACUAGAAAUAGCAAACAACCACUUGAAAUAUCUACCCGAUGGGCUGAUCCUUCAAGAUGGCUUGGAAAGAUUAGAUCUUUCCCAUAACCAGUUCACGAAGAUUCCCGCGACAUCUUUGUCUAACUUGGCCGCGUUGGCCCUAUGUGAGCUGGAUUUGAGUCAUAAUCACAUCGGUGCUAUUCAUAGCGUUGAUUUGUCCAACAAAUUCAGGUCUCUCUCUGUUCUGGACCUGUCCCAUAACCGUUUGGUUCGACUAGAGGACGCUGCAUUUGCAACUCUUCCUCGUUUGUCACUACUUGAUCUGUCUCACAACGAUGAACUAGAAGUAAUGGGAAAGGCAUUCAUCGGCUUGGAAAACAGUCUCAUUGAACUACGGUUGACUAAUGUCUCGCUAAAUGCCGUACCGGAAAUCUCCAAUCCUUCACUACGGGUUCUAAAACUAUCGCACAACGACCUGGCAUCCAUUCCGCCGGAGUUGGCUGCUAGCAUGCCAUCUUUACGCGAGCUGGAUUUAUCCGAAAACGAUCUGAUACAUGUACCGUUGAUAACACAUUCUUUGCACAAUUUAAAAUCACUAUCCUUAGCGGGUAAUCCGAUCACCUUUAUGACAAACACCAGUCUUUUAGGAGCAGCUGACACUUUGGAGCAUCUCGACAUUGCUAAUCUGAAUCUGAAUGGUUUUGAGGUUAAUGGCGCUCUCAACAAAAUACAUUUUCUGCGGACCUUGAAGAUAUCAACUUAUCCAAACAUUCAAAAUUUCAACAUUCCUCGCGUCUUAGAGAACGCUCAUAACCUUCGUGAACUGUGGAUUGAGGCUCCGAAGCCACCAUCGAAAUCACGACCAGAAUCUUCAGUUGGGCCCAAAACUCCCAAACCCGUAUCGAUUCCGAGCAGCGAUAUGCGACGAGAAAUGGACGGCACGCUUCCUCAAAAACUGAAAAGCAUCACAUUCAGCGGGUCUGGCUUCAAUCGGUUAGCGGAUAACAUUCUCAAAGGAGUCCAAUCCGUCAGUCUACACGUGUCACUCUACAAUACCUCAAUCGCAGACUUACCCGACAAAUUUUUCAAGAACAUCGGAAAGAGUGUUAGAAAUAUUUCCCUGGAUUUGGAGUACAGUAAUGACCUACUGAAGGCGUUUCCAAAUCCGAACUCGGCGCACUAUCUGCAUCUACCCGAACACGUGUUUCUUACUGAUCUACACAUAUCUGGAAACUCGCUGUCAUGCGACUGUGAAAUCGGUUGGAUCGAAUUUUGGCAACGGAAACGUCGUCAGUACCUAUGUCCAGCGCAUCCGUGGACCGAAAGCACCACAUUCAACGGCCAUCACAAACACCACGCGAGCUCGCUGAUGGCGCACUCCAGCGAUGACUGCGAGGACUCGGCCGACAGUCUCCGGGAAGCGACGUGCAGCAACAAAAAGGACGAAAGCCUGCUCGAGGUGCUUAAAAGGGACCUGGAGUGUGGCUGGGGAAGCGCUGCGCCAAAGUUGGGCUUUGUGCCGGCGGUGGCGUUCGUGUCGGUGUUUGUCGUUCUACUGAUCUGACUCAUUCGGUAUCUGUUCAAAAUGUACAGCGAGUUUUACGACUACCUGGAGCAACUGUAUAGCGACCGGGGUGCAAUGAAUGGGUCCGCCGCGGCUGUGUCCUACGUAGACGAUACGUGCGAUUUUGGUAGUGAGUUCGAUCUGGAGUUGGAUGAACUGUGAGCUGAGCAUAUCUGGAUCAUUGUUGAGUUAUGUUCUGUUUGAGUUUUGCCAUGUUUUAGUCAUUAUUUUAUGUUUGGCUGUCUUGUUUUAUUUCAUUACAGUUGGUUACAAACAAACAAAGGAUGCAUUUUAAGUUAUUUCUAGCUUUUAGGAUGUUUUGAUGGAAUAUUUUAGUAUUCAAGCAGUGAAUUCAAUGUGCCAAGAAGUUUGUAAAAAAUGGUUUAAUAAAUCAAUGCGUUGUGA